GUGGGGCAGAUCGUGGUGGAACCCCUGUGGCUUUACGGAACCGACACCUGGGUCAUGUCGCGGCCCAACAUCAUCCGCCUUGGCCCCCCUGACCUCACGAAGACGAGCAACCUCCAUGGAAGCCUCCUGGAUGGCUACAUCCCGAACGGGACGAAUGCUAUGGGGCCCAUGAUCAAGGUCAUCCUCGAAGAUGCCACGACCGGAGACAUUGAUGCCUAUGGCUGCUUCGGUUUCAUCCCAAACGAGGCUACAGUGGCAGGAGUCUACUGCGCCAACCGCUCCUGGUGCACGCCCCGCGCCACCAAAGUGAACGAGGAGCUGAUCCUGGACGGCAGCAACCCGGAUCACCGGAUCACCGUGCUGAAG